AUGCUUCGCUUAGUUUCUCUUGGCGUAACCGCCCGUCGCUUUCAAUCCACCGCCAUCGUUUCCUACCGCCACUUCUCCACCGUCUCCGGCGGCCCUCAACUUCUCGGAGCCCUCGAAUCCCAAAUCAAAGCCAAAGAGAGAUGCGUCCCGGCCGAUCUCCCAUUCACGAUCCAAGACGACGAUAAGCACUGCCAUAUCAUGCUGACAAGGGAGCUGGGCCGGGAAAAAAUCGAGGUCACAGUGAACCCGGUCUACGAAACCGACGACGAUGAAGAAUCGGAGGAAUGUGUUCGGAUUAACGUGUCUAUCUCUAAAGAAAAGAAGGGAAAAUUGGGGUUGGGAGCUGAUGUUUGUGGUGAUGAAAUUUUGGUGGACAAAAUAUCAUUUUGUGAGCCAAAUAGCUAUGUUCCCUCUAUGAGAUUGGAGGGUGUGGAGAGCCAGGGUGAAUUGCAGGAUGCUUUGAAUGAUUUUGUGAAAGCCAGAGGCAUUGAGAUAUCGAAUGUUGGAUUCUUGUACAAAUAUAUGGAGUUGAAACGCAAACGCUGGGGUAAAACUCCCAAGCGUAGUGUUGAUGACCUCAAAAAAUUGCAUAAAUUUGUCGAGAAUUGGUAGACUUUUAUCAAUCUGUUUCUGCAUUUGGAUUUGUUUACUACUAUUUUCACAUGGUGAUCUAGUGUUAGUAUUAAUGUUGGAAAAUGGUUUGUUUUUAAGUAUAUUUCACAAUAUUUUUAUCA